UUCUUUUCCAGAAUGGAUGCACCAAUGUCUUCUGAUCAUGAAGUCCACUCUGGGCCAGAAGAACAUGUUGAAGUUGAAGUGUCUGUUUUCCAGAUAGAGAGGGAGGAGCCUGAAGAUGCAAUCAUACGAAUUAGAUUGGGUAAUCGAUUACGGCAGCGAAGGCGACGGCAACGUCUUCGUGCUGCUAGAGCUGGGGCUGAGAGGGCAGAGCGACUACAAGUAGCAUGUCCAGUACAGACUACUGGGAGUGAAACUGAGCAACCAGAAAAUCAUGCAGAGGUUUCACAGUUAAGCCAAGAAGAGCAACAGGAAAAUCUUCCUAAUGGUCAAACUGCAGAAUCUUCUGCGAAUGAGGAUUCUGAUGAACAACUUGCAAGAAAUAGAGAAGCUGCUAAAUUAAAUGAGUUUGAGCGAAUCCUAAGACGUAGAGAGACUAUAAGAUUGAGCCAGCAAAGACGAAGAGAGCGUCUUCGUAACAUGAGUCGAAGUCUUGAGGAAUCUCCUGAUCCACUUGCAAGGUGUCGAAAUAUGAUCCUGGGAUUUAGAGUAUCUGAGCUUCAGGUACUCUUGGGGUUUGCAGGACGCAACAAAAGUGGGCUGAAACAUGAAUUGGUCUCACGUGCAUUACAGCUGGUAAGGAACAACUGUUCCUCAGAGAUACUGAAGAAGAUCCAAGACUUGCAUGCUCAUCGCUACAGUACAAGGUCCUCAAAUGCACAGUGUCAGCAACUUCCGCCUGCUCCAACAUUUCCUCUGCAUUCUUCAGAGGCAGCCUUGAAUGCCAGAACGUCUGUUCCAAAUUGUCACACUGGAAAAGCUGAUACAAAAUCCAAAGUGAGAUUAACAAAAUUGCCUUUCUACGAAAUACUAGAUGAUCUGAUGAAACCUACAGAUCUAGUUCCAACUACUAGUGAAAGGAUUCAAGAGAAUCAAUUCAGUUUUACAUUAACUGAUAAACAGAGAGAACAGAUUAUCUCUGGAUGUUCAAAGAAUGGCGUGCAGUCAAUUCAAGUGCAGUUAAGGAUUUGCCACUCAGAUACAGAAUUUAUUCAAGACGACCAGUAUCCUCCCUACCUGUCAAUAAAAGUAAAUUCCAGAGUGUGUCCUUUUACGAGUUACUUUUCAUCAAAUAAACCUGGAGUAGAGCCAAAAAGGCCUUGUCGACCCAUUGAUAUCACACCACUAUUAAAUUUGACAUCUCGUGGAGCUAACUAUUUAAAUAUAUUUUGGGGACAUUUUGCCAAGCGAUAUUCUGUGGUCUUGUACCUAGUAAAACAACAUAUAGUAGCAGAAUUGCUACAUAAACUUCAAGCAAAUGAAACUAGAGCUUCUGAAAUUUCCAGAGAAUUGAUUCGAAAAAAGCUUCGACUGGAACCUGACAAUGAUGUUACCACCACUGGCCUCCGUGUUUCCCUUAUGUGUAGUCUUGGUAAGAUGCGGCUUUCAGUGCCCUGUCGUGGUAUUACUUGCACGCAUUUACAGUGUUUUGAUGCAGCCCUUUAUAUUCAGAUGAAUGAGAAAAAGCCGACAUGGAUGUGUCCUGUGUGUGACAAGCCAGCUCCUUAUGAACUGUUAUUUGUAGACCAGCUGUUUUUAGAUAUUCUAAAGGAGUGUGAAGAUGCUACUGAGGUUCAGUUUAAGGAUGAUGGCAGCUGGAUUCCAAUAAAACCAGAUAAGCAGCCUCAAAAGAAUUCUGGUCCUCAAUAUUCAAUAGUGGAAUUGGAAGACACUGGCAACAAUCAGUUCACUGAUCCUGCAAACAGGAAGAGUGACAUGGAUGUCAUUGACCUGACUAUAGAUUGUUGAUUUCAACGGUCAAAUGCUCAAAAUUGAAUGUAACUGUGAAUGCUGGAGAAAAUUCACUACCAACCGUGCAGGACACAAUAUGGAAAAACAUGUUGAAGAAGUCUACCUCUAGCAUUGCAGGUUUUAGUUACUUUGAGCCCUUCCGACCACGUCUACCUCCUGAAAGAAGUGGUACAAUAGAGGGUUGGAGAAGUGACACUCCUGAGCAGUUCUUAUGGAUGUGAAGGACCAGUGUAUAGUUCUUGAAAUAUUUGGAGAAAUAAAGACAGCACUAAGUUGUAGACAAUUGUUCAUAAAUUCUGCUUUGUUGACUGCUAAUUAAGCAUUGGUCCCUAGUAAAGUCCCAUAUUCUCAUAGUGACGCACAGGAAGUAUGGGGGGGGGGGAGGGUGAGGAGAAGUUCAUGGUCUGUUUGACUGAUAUCUUUUUGAUCUCCCAAAGUUUCCAGUACAAAUAUGUCAAAGAAGGCUGUAUGCUGAUUUAUAAGAGCUAUAACAAUGUUAUAGAUUAGAUGUAUGCCCAUCUCCAUCUCACUGCUUGUUUUUUUUUAAAUCCUCAACAAAUAUAUUGUUAAUAUUUGUGGAAGCAGUUGAAUUAAAUGCAAAGAAGCAGUGGUGAUCAAUUCUGUUCUAUCAACUUUUGUUAUAGCUUGCAUAUUUACUUUAAUUUCUACCCAAUCUUUCGCUACCCCUUUACUAAUAGGAGUAAUGAGAAGUAUAUAGUAAUGUUUAAAGUGCUUUCUCAACAGGAGUAGCCAGCUCAACAGAAAACCUUUGUAAUAUGUUUUUCUUCUCCCUUGGGUCAUUGUAGGAGGAUGCCAGUGAAAAGCAAAGCUACAAACAUGUCUGUAUCUAAAGAAUAACUAUUUAAUUCAUUUAGGGUUUUUUUAAAAUAAGGUAUGGAUCUUUAGGCUCAGUUGGUUUACAGAGUAGGUCUUUUUUGACAACUGUACUGUGGCCAUAUUUAUUUUUGUUUCAGUUUUCUUUCCAUAACUACCAGUGUCUGCUGUAAACAUUUUGAAGUCAAGAAAGUCUAGUAAUUGGAUUUUGCCACUGCAGUUCCUUUACCUUUUUUAAACCAAGAGGCACUCUAGAACUAUGCAGGGAAAUUUCCCAGUUUUCUUAUCCUCACUGAGACUGAAAUAUUUGAUUGGAAAUUCAAAUGAAAUUUGUAGUGAAGAAUGGGAUUCAACCUUGUUGAGCCUAGUACUGUGAUGCUGUAGCUACUGAGAUGCCACUUGUUAUUUCUCUGCUUUCUUUUAAAGUUAUUGUUGUAAAAAGUUGUACAUAUCUGCAUAUAGUUUAUUUAGUUUAGUUUGUUUUAACACUUAAGUUGGUCAUGGUGUUGAAAUCUCAAAUUAUGUAAACCAAAUAAGUUAAAGCACUGGGCAGAUAUGUAGAAUUUUGUUUUUACUUUACAGCCCUGCCACCAAUUUCUAAUAUUUAGUAAGUAAUGUGAUGAGAAAAUAUUGUACAUUUUUUAACAAUUCAAAAUUUCCCCGAUUAUAUGCGACAUAUUGUUUCUGGCACUAAUAUCAGAUUUGUUGUAUAAAGAUUUUGAAGGAAAAUGACGUGGGUUAAUGUCAACUUUUGUCUGCUCCAGUUCCUUCAUCGUGCUGCAGUCUGAUACUCCUGAUUCUAAUGUCAAUUUUCUGUGUUGAAAGCACAAAUAGAUUUGUGAUGUAUUUAUUGCUUUCACAUUUUCACUAUACCUGGAAUGAAAAUAUUGUCCAAUUGUGAUGUUUUUACACCAUGAUUUCCAAAUCAAUAUUAAUGUUUAUGCUCUAGACUCUGACAUUAAAGUAAGGAUUUGGAUCAGUAA